UCCUGGCUUUUUGGGGGGGACAAAACCAAAGGCCAUGUUUUGGCCUUUACUCCAAUGCAAAACGAAGAGUCUUAUGGUGGGUUUGUACCCUUGCCGAAGCACAUAGAUCCAGAGAAUAAUCUGCACCGUGAAAAUACUGAAAAGAAAUUUAAAUUCACUUCAGGCAAAGACAUGCUUGUUAAAUGCGUAGAAGACGACAAAGAAGCUAAAGCAUUCGUAUUCGGCCCAGAAGGAUACUUCAUAGAUAGAUUGACGCUACAAAAAACGAAAAAGGAAAACAAUGUUUGCAAACAGUUGUUGGAUAACAUUGAAAUGGGUCCAAUUCAUGCUUAUACCUCUACAAUCAGAAGUUAUAAGUUUACAUUCAGCCUAGUGUACACGUUUCAUUUGAAGAAUAAACCUCAGUGUCUCAGCAGAACAUACACUGUUGAAAUUUAUCUUCACUACCCCACAUUGGAGAGGGGAUCCGAAGAAAUGACGAAUUGCAAGGAGACUGUGAUUGAUACUUCAGAUUCGAAAAAAAGAAUACUUAUUACCACGGGAAAAGUACGAAAUCAUGGAAUUCAGCCGAAGUGGUGUUCCUGUGGAAAAACCUGUAUUUACCACUCUUAAAACUGAAGUAAACCUCAAGAUUAAGUGUCAAAAAUACGCCAAGAGUUCAAUGGUUGGAGGCACCACCUUAGCAAUAGGAUAUAUAAUGUAUGAUGAUAAUAUAAUCUUGGAAAAGUUACCUCUAGACACUUGUACAGACGAAGGAAUAUACAUCAACACUGUAGGUAAGUAUGCCGCUGGAGACAGAGAAUUUACGCUCGUGUUUAAAAAAACAAGAUGGAAACUGUUUCAAAAUGGUUAUUUUGUUUGUUUUCGAUGAUAUUCCCAAGGAGAAAGUUAUUAUUAGUCGACACGCCCCUGAAAGAGUCCAUUGUCCAAAUGAUUGGACUAGCGACGCUGCCUUGGCAGUGGGACCGGUAGCAACUUGGUACAAAAUACUUGAAAGUUAUUUUCAA